AUGUCCCAACCUGACGUCUCUUACAGCUGCGGUUCUUGUGGGUUUCCAUUGAACUUAACAUCCUCCAACCGAAUCACUUCCACCAUAGCUUCUUCUGCAUAUCGUCGAUCCAUAAAGAAAGGUUUCAUCUCAUUUCUCUCCAUCGACCUUAGUAGAUUCACACAGCUCGACGAGCUACACUGCCUUCCUUUCUGCUGGGGAUCUUAUCGUGCUAAAACCAAGCUCUUGUGCCGAAAAUGUGGGGUUCAUAUAGGCUAUGGGCAUGGCAAUUCUCAAGUCCUUUGUGGUUUUGACUCUUCUGUUGAGUCAGCUUCUACCUCGUCCUACACGAAGUUCACCAUAAAGAUCCGUGCUUUGCAACCUUCUGAGGAGGAAGAUAUCAGUUUCUAUAGAUGCAAUAUCACUGAUGAUGGUUUGCAGGCUUUAGCAAAUGGAUGUCUGGGUUUGAAACGAAUAAACCUCUCAUAUUGCGCUAAUAUCUCUGAUCAUGGUCUGAGAGCUCUUUGUAAGAACUGCUGCGAGAUUCUGGCAGUUAAGAUUUCUUGGUGCAAGGGAGUAAGUGGCAAAGGCUUCAAAGGAUGUUCAUCUACUCUAUGCUACAUAGAUGCUGAAAACUGCAAUCUUGAGCCAGAAGGAAUAUCAUGUAUCGUCAGUGGAGGUGGGAUCGAGUACUUGAACCUGCACGGUUUGAACAUCCAUGGAGGUGCGUUGGCAGAAAUUGGUUCAGGGUUUGCCUCAAAGCUCAAGAUUCCAAACCUGAGGUUAUGCAGGACUCUAGGGGAUGAAUCAAUAAUGGCGAUAGCCAGAGGUUGCCCCUUGCUCAAGGAAUUGAACUUAGCCUUGUGUAAUGAGGUUCGGCUUGCAGGGUGGGAGGCCAUUGGGGCGAACUGCAAUGAGCUAGAGACACUCCACGCAAAUCGGUGUCGUAAUCUGUGUGAUUUGGGAUUACAGGGUUUGAGGCAAGGAUGUAAGAAGCUGAAGGUACUGUACAUUAGCCGGGGCAGUAGACUCACUUCCACUGCACUGGAAGUUUUCACAAUGGUUAGGGAUGGAGUUAAGGACGGCUGUUACUCUGUCGCCGGAGCUGAGUGGACUCGAUUCGACGACAAGAAGUUCGAGCAGGCUUUGGUUCUGUUCCCCGACGACUCCCCCGACCGAUGGCUCAGAAUCGCCGAACAUGUUGGCCGGUCGGCGGCGGAGGUUGUGGAGCACUACGACCUGUUGGUGCGCGAUGUUUAUGACAUUGAUUCCGGGAGAGUCAACUUGCCGACUUACCUCGACGACUCGUCGUUUGCUGGCGGGGAAGAUUCCGGGCAGAUUUCGUUUGGCGUUGGUGGGAAGGCAAAACACGGGGACGGCGAGAGGAAGAAAGGGACUCCUUGGACAGAAGAAGAACACAAGCUGUUUUUGAUCGGGUUGAGGAAAUACGGCAAGGGAGACUGGAGGAGCAUCUCGAGGAACAUAGUGGUGACGAGAACCCCAACGCAGGUCGCCAGCCACGCCCAGAAGUACUUCCUCCGGCAGAGCUCGGUGAAGAAAGAGAGGAAGAGGUCGAGCAUCCACGACAUCACCAAUGUCGACAAUCACAACUCGGUGGGUCUCCCUAUGGUCGAUCAGAGCAGGCUUCCUCACCAUCCUCCAAAUGCAGGCUCGUCAGCUCAUCAUCAGUUCCCUCAGCAGCAGCAGCAAAUGCAGUUCUCCCCAGGUGGUGGAUACUUGCCUACUUCUAAUCAUCAUCAUCAUCAUCAUCAUCAGGAAGGGUCAAUGGGGUAUGGUAACUUUGGAUUCCCACUGUAA